GGCUUGUCCAUGAUCUCCCCCUUGAGGAGUUCACGUACGGGAGGUCUCCGACGUCGCAUCUCCUUUCUCUUUCGGAUCUUGCAUGCAAGGCUGGCACCACCGCUGCGUCGUCGGCCUCGACCCUUGAGAAGCCGCCGCCGCCACCAAUUCCAUCGCCAAAUUAAUUCAUCUCCCCAUACCUUGAUUAACAAUCCAAUAAACGCGUAGGAUACGAUAUAUAUCUAUAUACAUAUAUAGCUCGACCAUGUUGCUGUACAAGCCGAAGAAGAACCAGGCUGGUAAGGGCGGCAAGCGCCUGCUGAUCAGCAUCACCGUGCUAGGCAGCGCCGGCCCCAUCCGCUUGGUCGUCCAAGAGGAUGAGCUGGUCGCCGGCGUCAUCGGCACCGCCCUCAAAUCGUACUCUCGGGAGGGCCGCCUGCCAGUGCUGGGCUCCGAUCUGAACGAUUUUGAUCUAUAUUGCACCGUUGCCGGAACUGAAGCCUUGAGUCCGUGGGAGAGAAUUGGGUCGAUGGGCGCCAGGAAUUUCAUACUGUGCAAGAAUCAGAAGGCUGGCGAGAGGGAGGGCAAACUGGAGGUUGGGCAGAAAGGGAACAAUAACAAUGGUUGGAAGGCAUGGUUCAGCUUCAACAACAAGUAGUCUCUCAAACCACCUUGAGAUAUCUACCUAGCCAUUCCACAGCCAAAGUGAAAGUGGGAGUUUGAUUUUCGAUUAGCAAACAAACAAAAAAAAAAAAAGGUGGUGGUGGGUGGAAGAAAAAGGAAUUAAAAACAGAGUUAGCUAGGGCUUCUUUCUUUUUGUUUGCCGCUAUCACCAUAUGAUUAAUUUUGAUAUUUUGAAAUUUGGAAAUGAAAGAGUUAAGAGCUAG